GCCGGUGGCGUCAUCGUCGCGCGCCGCCUCCGCGGUUACGGGCGGGCCCGUGUCGUCUUUCCCAAACAGGCAAGAUGGCGGCGCUGAGGGCGAGCGGCGUGAGGACGGCGGCUGCCGCUCUCCUGAGGCCCCAGUCGGGCGCCGAGCAGGCCCUGCCGGCCCUGGGCUAUCACAAGAAGGUUGUGGAUCACUAUGAGAAUCCUAGAAAUGUCGGUUCUCUGGAUAAGACUGCCAAAAAUGUUGGGACCGGCCUUGUGGGAGCACCAGCUUGUGGAGAUGUCAUGAAACUGCAAGUUCAAGUGGAUGAACAAGGAAGAAUUGUCGAUGCCCGGUUUAAGACGUUUGGCUGCGGGUCAGCAAUCGCUUCGAGUUCCUUGGCCACUGAAUGGGUGAAAGGGAAGAUGGUUGAUGAAGCCUUGAAGAUCAAAAACACGGACAUUGCUAAAGAACUCUGCCUUCCUCCGGUCAAGCUUCAUUGCUCCAUGCUGGCUGAAGAUGCCAUCAAAGCUGCCUUAGCAGAUUACAAGCUGAAACAAAACACGAAGAGCAACGAGGCAGAGAAGGACGCGGCCAGCGAAUAGCAAGAGUCCUUCGUGGCGAAGCUGUUCCUCUCUCGUUCCUGUUUUCCUUUACUGAGCAAUUACAUUAGGGAGCCAGCGCACUCGCCUCUGGUGAAUUGCAAGCGGGGGGAGAGGGGAGCACACCCUUCAUACGCACAAUGUACGAAAACCACCCGGGCAGGCAGAGUGUAGUGGGCUGCCACCUUGCACUUCUCAGUACUAGCUGCCCCCCUGUUCCUUAUUUCCACAUACCUCUGAACAGAACAUCUGCUUGUGAUUUCAGCAUUACACUCGCUCUGAUCUUUAGCAAAAAAUCGACUCAGGCCUUAGUGUGAAUAUUGAAUAAAUAGGUAGGGAAGGGUGGCUUUUGCAGCCUCGAUGUCUGAGAGGGGAAGGGCUUUCUCCGUGGAAAUAAAAGAUUGCCUAUUUGGGAGUGAGGAUUACCUGCAGGUGCCAAUGUGCAGCCCCUCCACCACCUGACUCUACGUGAGAUAUUCUGGUUGGAAGGCGGGGAGGGAGAGAUCACUGUGUGGGGUACAAAGCAGAAAGGCUCAAUCCAGUCGGGUAGCACCCUGUUCUCCUUGCCUAACGUAAAAGAAGCAGCAUGCACAAAGCCCUUAGCCAAGAGGGGAAAGCGUGGGCCACCUCUUCCACCAGCCGCGUCAAGUUUUGUUGUAUAGGAGUGGCUUUUGCCUCGAUCAGGCUAUUUCUGCACAAAAUACAGAUUUAUGUACAAAACAUACUAUAUAAUUGUAUGCAUAAAUAAAUUAAUGUCUGUUCUCUAAGCAGUAA